AUGAGGGUUGGAUUUAAGAUGAAUUCUUAGAAAAUUGCGAUCCAAUUUGUGGAAAUGGAAUUAUAUAAGGUUAAGAUGAAUGUGAUGAUCAUAAUCUAACAUCUAAUCAUAAAUGUUUUUAAUGCAAAUAUUAAUGUGUAAAGUUUUGCUAAAUUUGUUGAUUUGGAAUUUGUUUACAAUGUAUAGAUGGAUUAACACUUAUUGAUUUGAAUUGUGAUCCUGUGUGUGGAGAUGGUAAUUUAACCACAUAUUCAGUUGAGUAAUGUGAAUUGGCAGUUAAUGGGAUAUGGGAUGGUUGUAAGGAUUGUAGGUUUACUUCAAUCGCUAAUUGUAAAAUUCACUACUUUUCAAAUUUGCCUGAUUGCGACGUAGAUUUUAGAUGA